UCAGCAAGCACACUCAACUUAGCCCGACUGAUGCCUUUGGAACAAUUGAGUUCCAGGGUGGUGGCCACUCCAACAAAGCGAUGUACGUGCGUGUGUCCUAUGACACAAAGCCUGAUCUUCUUCUACACCUGCUGACUAAGGAGUGGCAGUUAGAGCUCCCCAAGCUGCUCAUCUCGGUUCAUGGAGGCCUCCAGAACUUCGAACUCCAGCCAAAACUCAAGCAAGUCUUUGGGAAAGGCCUAAUCAAAGCUGCCAUGACAACUGGAGCGUGGAUAUUCACUGGAGGAGUCAACACAGGAGUCAUUCGGCAUGUUGGAGAUGCAUUGAAGGAUCACGCCUCAAAAUCACGAGGGAAGAUAUGCACCAUAGGAAUUGCCCCCUGGGGGAUUGUGGAAAACCAGGAGGAUCUGAUUGGGAAAGAUGUUGUCCGUCCAUACCAGACCAUGUCCAAUCCUAUGAGUAAACUCACUGUACUCAACAGUAUGCAUUCCCACUUCAUUCUGGCUGACAAUGGGACCACAGGAAAAUAUGGAGCAGAAGUGAAACUGAGAAGACAGCUGGAAAAGCAUAUCUCACUGCAGAAGAUAAACACAAGAAUUGGCCAAGGAGUUCCUGUCGUGGCCCUCAUUGUGGAAGGUGGACCAAAUGUAAUCUCCAUUGUUCUGGAGUACCUUAGAGACACUCCACCAGUUCCUGUGGUGGUCUGUGAUGGGAGUGGACGGGCAUCUGACAUCCUUGCUUUUGGACAUAAAUAUUCUGAAGAAGGAGGUCUCAUUAAUGAAUCUUUGAGGGACCAAUUGCUAGUUACAAUCCAGAAGACUUUCACCUACACUCGAACCCAGGCCCAGCAUCUUUUCAUAAUCCUCAUGGAGUGCAUGAAGAAGAAGGAAUUGAUUACGGUAUUUCGGAUGGGAUCGGAAGGACACCAGGACAUUGAUUUAGCUAUCCUGACAGCUUUGCUCAAAGGAGCUAAUGCCUCUGCUCCGGACCAAUUGAGCCUGGCAUUAGCCUGGAACAGGGUAGACAUCGCUCGCAGUCAGAUCUUUAUUUAUGGGCAACAGUGGCCGGUGGGGUCCCUGGAGCAAGCGAUGUUGGAUGCUCUGGUGUUGGACAGAGUGGAUUUUGUGAAAUUACUCAUAGAGAAUGGAGUAAGCAUGCAUCGUUUUCUCACCAUCUCCAGGCUAGAGGAACUGUACAAUACGAGACAUGGGCCAUCCAACACUCUGUACCACCUGGUCAGGGAUGUCAAAAAGCGAGAAUAUCCAGGUUUCGGUUGGAUCUAUUUUAAGGGGAACCUGCCUCCGGAUUACAGGAUAAGCUUGAUCGACAUUGGGCUGGUGAUUGAGUACCUGAUGGGAGGAGCUUAUCGCUGCAACUACACUCGAAAGCGAUUCAGAACCCUCUACCACAACCUGUUUGGACCUAAGAGGCCAAAAGCCUUGAAACUGCUGGGAAUGGAGGAUGAUGUUCCCCUGAGGAGAGGGAGGAAAACAACCAAGAAACGAGAGGAAGAAGUGGACAUUGAUUUGGAUGACCCUGAGAUCAAUCACUUCCCUUUUCCUUUCCACGAGCUGAUGGUGUGGGCUGUCCUAAUGAAGAGGCAGAAGAUGGCCUUAUUCUUCUGGCAACAUGGGGAGGAGGCCAUGGCGAAGGCCCUAGUGGCCUGUAAGCUCUGCAAAGCAAUGGCCCACGAGGCAUCAGAGAAUGACAUGGUGGAUGACAUAUCCCAGGAGCUGAACCACAAUUCCAGGGACUUUGGGCAACUGGCCGUGGAGCUGCUGGACCAGUCCUACAAGCAGGACGAGCAGCUGGCAAUGAAGCUCCUGACCUAUGAACUGAAGAACUGGAGCAAUGCCACUUGCCUGCAGCUUGCCGUUGCGGCUAAGCACCGGGACUUCAUCGCUCACACCUGCAGCCAGAUGCUGCUCACUGACAUGUGGAUGGGCCGACUUCGGAUGCGCAAAAAUUCGGGUCUCAAGGUAAUUCUAGGAAUUCUACUUCCUCCUUCAAUUCUCAGCUUGGAGUUCAAGAACAAAGAUGACAUGCCCUACAUGUCUCAGGCCCAUGAAAUCCACCUGCAAGAGAAGGAGCCAGAGGAGCCAGAGAAGCCCGCAAAGGAAAAGGAGGAGGAGGACAUGGAACUGACGGCAAUGUUGGGGCGAAACAAUGGAGAGUCAUCCCGGAAGAAGGAUGAAGAGGAGGUUCAUAGCAGGCACAGAUUAAUCCCCCUCGGAAGAAAGAUAUAUGAAUUCUACAAUGCACCCAUCGUGAAGUUCUGGUUUUACACUUUGGCAUACAUCGGAUAUCUGAUGCUCUUCAAUUACAUUGUGCUGGUGAAGAUGGAUCGUUGGCCUUCUGUCCAGGAAUGGAUAGUCAUCUCCUACAUUUUCACACUGGGAAUAGAGAAGAUGAGAGAGAUUCUGAUGUCAGAACCUGGAAAGCUGUUACAGAAGGUAAAGGUGUGGCUUCAGGAAUAUUGGAACGUCACAGACCUCAUAGCCAUCCUCCUGUUCUCCAUUGGGAUGAUCCUUCGUCUACAAGACCAGCCAUUCAGGAGUGACGGACGGGUCAUAUACUGUGUCAACAUCAUUUACUGGUAUAUCCGCUUGCUGGACAUCUUCGGUGUGAACAAGUACUUGGGACCGUACGUCAUGAUGAUUGGAAAAAUGAUGAUAGACAUGAUGUAUUUUGUCAUCAUCAUGUUGGUGGUGCUGAUGAGCUUCGGGGUUGCCAGACAAGCGAUUCUCUUUCCCAACGAGGAGCCCUCAUGGAAGCUGGCAAAGAACAUCUUUUACAUGCCUUACUGGAUGAUCUAUGGGGAAGUGUUUGCAGACCAGAUAGACCCUCCCUGUGGACAAAAUGAAACCAGAGAAGAUGGCAAAAUAAUCCAGUUGCCCCCAUGCAAAACCGGAGCCUGGAUCGUGCCAGCUAUCAUGGCCUGCUACCUCUUAGUGGCAAAUAUCCUUCUGGUCAACCUCCUCAUUGCUGUCUUUAACAAUACGUUCUUUGAAGUGAAAUCCAUAUCCAACCAAGUGUGGAAGUUUCAGAGGUAUCAGCUGAUCAUGACUUUUCAUGAAAGGCCAGUCCUGCCACCGCCUCUGAUCAUCUUCAGCCACAUGACAAUGAUAUUCCAGCACCUCUGUUGUCGAUGGCGGAAACACGAAAGCGAUCCGGAUGAGAGAGACUACGGACUGAAACUUUUCAUAACGGAUGACGAGCUCAAGAAAGUGCAUGACUUUGAAGAACAGUGCAUAGAAGAAUAUUUCAGAGAAAAAGAUGACCGAUUCAAUUCUUCCAAUGACGAGAGGAUACGUGUAACGUCUGAAAGGGUGGAGAAUAUGUCCAUGCGCCUGGAGGAGGUGAACGAACGGGAGCACUGCAUGAAGGCUUCGCUCCAGACUGUCGACAUCAGGCUCGCGCAGCUGGAAGACCUGAUUGGACGCAUGGCCACGGCAAUGGAGCGGCUCACUGGCCUGGAGAGGGCAGAGUCCAACAAGAUACGGUCUCGGACCUCCUCGGACUGUACAGACACCGCCUACAUUGUGAGACAGAGCAGCUUCAAUAGCCAGGAAGGGAACGCCUACAAGCUCCAAGAAAGUAUUGACCCUGCAGACAUCUACGUGUCGGCUAUGGAUGAGCUCCACUGUGGUGACUUGGAACCUCCGGACGCCUCCAUGAACAUCCUUGGGAUCGGCGAGGCCGCCCUGCAAGCUCCAGCACUGUCUGCCACCUCAACCAGCGGCGCCUCUGUGAUGCUCACUCCUGUGGAAAGACCUCCGAGCCGUAGCAUCGACUUUGAGGAUAUCGCUAUGAUGGAGACGAGGUCGCUUUCUUCAGACUACACCCAGCUCCCGGAGGGCCAAAACCCCUGGGACGUGGAUCCUCCCUUAUACCACACGAUAGAGCGGUCCAAGAGCAGCCGCUACCUGGCCUCUGCUCCAUUUCUCCUCGAGGAGACCCCAAUUGUGAAAUCUCAUAGCUUCAUGUUUUCACCCUCCCGGAGCUAUUACGUCAAUUUCGGGGUACCGGUCAAGACAGCAGAAUACACAAGUAUUACCGACUGUAUAGAUACCAGGUGCGUCAACGCUCCCCAGGCCAUCGUAGACAGGGUGACUUUCCCCGGAGGCCUUGGGGACAAAGUGGAGGACUUGGUAUGCUGCCACCCAGAGAGAGAAGCCGAGCUAAGUCACCCCAGCUCUGACAAUGAAGAGAAUGAAGCUAAAGACAAGAAGGGGGAUGCCUUAUCCUCCCAAGAGAGCAGUGGCUCAACCAGAACACUCUCCAACAACAUCACCCUCCCUAAAAUAGAGCGGGCCAACAGCUACUCGGCAGAGGAGCCCAGCACCCUCUAUGCACACACCAGGAAGAGCCUAUCAAUCAGCGAUAAACUCGAUAGGCAGCGUAACGCUGUGGGCCUACGAAACCCAUUCCAGAGGAGUAAGUCCUCCAGGCCAGAAAGUAGAGGGGACAGCGUGUCCCUGAGGAGACUGUCCAGAACGGCAGCCUUCCAAAGCUUUGAGAGCAAGCACAACUAAACCUUUUACAUUUCAAGAUGAGCAUCCCAGGAACUCUGAGACUCAUUCCCCAUAUCCUCACCUCCCCCACACCCCUCACAAUCCCUAAUCCUUCAUCCUGCACCCCAAACAAUUUUUCUUAGUAGAACAAAACAAGCAUCCCGUCAUGAUAUGUUGGCUUCUAUGCCAGUGGUCAGGUCCAAAUGGAGUUUGUCCCACUGCCAAGUGCUAGGUUUUGGAACCUUGACUAAACUGAUGCUCACAACUUGAAAGGAAAGAGCGGGAGGGCAGGAGGGAGAAAUGGGGAGAGAGAAAAAGUGUGGUGAUUUUCUUUAAAGAAAGGCAACCCCCUUAUGAAGUCAGGAGUUGUGGUGGAUGAAGGAAUUCAGAGCUCUGACUUGGCUAGAAGGCAUAUCUUGAUUGCUGACUUAAAUUGGCCCCCCAAAAAGAAAGAAAAACUAACCAGCGUGCAAAUGAGCUAUGCUGUAUUGUCCUCUCCCAAGCGCUUAGUACAGUGCUCUGCACACAAUAAGCGCUCAGUAAAUACCAUUGAUUGAUUGAUAUGCUAAACUUCCAUUCUGUUUUCUUUUUACAUUGGUUCCAUCAUUGUGGUGACUGAUGAAGAGCAUCCUUUUUAUUCAGUAUAAGCCGGCAGCAAGCAGUCCUUGCGUCCCACAUCCUUCACAUGCCAACACUUCUGUAAUUGAUCAUUAUAAAGAAAAACAAGGUAACAGUCAUAGUUCACCUGUCUCUCUUGUAUUCACUUCUAGUGCCACAACUGUUUAUCUCUUUGAAGAAAGGAAACAAAAGAAAUGCCUUUUGUAUAGCAAACAAAAUGAAAAAAAAAGCGUCUGUAGAACAAAUAAUUUUGUAAUUGUCCCGUGUUUUGUGGUCUUAAAUGGGCAUUGUAGUACAGUUGAGCAAGCUCAGAAUGAAUGUAAUUUAAUAUUGUAUAUUUAUUUUUUUACCAUACCUUUCACCAUUGAAUUUACUCACUAAAUGAUGAUAUGGGACAAUGAGAAUAAGGGCAGAAAUCAUCACCGCCAGCACCGUGAGCUCUAGUCUCACUGCUUCUCCUUGUAAUGUGUACAGUUCAUUACUAUACUUCAUUCCUCAUUCACUCGUGGCUGUUAGGUGACCUGCUCUAUUCUAAAAUCCCACUGCCAAUUCAUCAUGCCAUUCAUAUGUAUAUUGACAUGUGACCAUGUUGUAUAAUAGAACAUGACUGCAUAUGGACAUUUUCAGACCUACAUAAGUCUUUUCUUAUUUUGGCACGAGUGUAACUGGAGUCUCUCGGAGACUGAUAUAUUUUAUAGUUGGUGUAUCUAAGCAUCUUUUCCGGGAUGUUUCAAAGCAAUGAAUGGGUUUUGAGGUGAGUGAAAGUGGAACAGUUGGUAACCACUCAAGGCCAUCAUUGCAGGUACACUACCAAUGCUAUAAAAAUUAUUCCUGUUUAACAAAGAUAUUCAGAAAUGCAAAUGAUCAAAAUACAAAACGGAUAAAUCAUAUCACUAGUUUUACACUAUACACACGUAUAUGUAUAUAAGAUGCAUGUGUUUUCUGCAUCUUCAUAUAGAGUAUGUUACUAGAAGGUAGAUACAGCUUCCUCUCUUGGGAAGGUUUGAAAUGCCAAGUGAUGUCACAGUCGGGACGUGACUAGGUUGUGAAGGUAGAGUCCUAAGGGUGAGUGAUUUGGGGAAGCUAGUUUUUCAAAUAAGAGUGUUAAAAAUAAAAAGAAAAAAGAAAAAUUAAAAAAAAAUAAUAAUAAACAGACUGGCCUGGGUAGGUAAACAGGGAUGAGAUCAUAAAUGUAGAGGGUUCAGUCUGCAUCACACAGUGCCUUAGUUGCACAUAUGAAAUUUCCAGGCGAAGCGACUGGGACCUCUCUUUGUCCCUGAUUGACAAAUGUCCAAACACCCGCCUGAUGUACAAAAGGCACAUAUUUCGAAGGUGCACUUUUCGUUUUGAAAAUUCAUUCCUAAAAUUUAGAAGUUUGGUUUCAUCGAUGGAUAGAUGUUAACUGCUGGGACAAGUCUUCUACUUGUUCAUUUCCAUGGUUUGGAUGAAAUAAUAUGUGUGCCCAUUAGGUUGGAUCACGUAGAGCAGAAGGCCUACAUAAGAAAUGGAAAUGAGCACGAGGAACCCAGCACACCAGGGCAUCCCGGGAAUGCCGGUAGCCUUUUUAAAAAACGGUCUCUUUUCAAAUCGAUUCUUGAACGGAAUUGAGGUUGGAAGAGAGCCUGAGGAGUUGGAGGAGGAGGAAGAGGAGUAGGAUAAGGGGUGGAACAUGGGCCAGAAAUAUCAAUUUUCAGCUUUAUGUUGUGACUAUUAUUAGUCCCAAAGAAAGCUGCCCCUAAUUCAAAGAACUAAACAGUCCUGACCAAGGAGCUUUUUGGUUAGAGACAGCAUUAAAAAUCAAGUCUUUGAAAUACACCGACGUAUUAUGAGAACACAAAAAUCAAAGCACCACAUUUCCUAAUCAUUUCUUUCAUGUAGGCACAUCACUGCAGUGAUGCACAUCUCUUGGAGGAACCUUCCUUUUGGUUUUCCUCCACCUAGGUAUUAAACUGAGUCUGUUACGUUGAAGUCUGGGACCAGCUUAUGUGAAACACAAUGUUGCUGAUCAAGGGUACAGUUAUUACCUAUCUGUAAAUUAAGAUGAUUGUGGAGAGCAGAUUAUUUAACAGAGUUAAUAAAGUAGUUCCAAACCCAGGGACCAGAGAUGAAACUGCUUUGGUUGAGUGAUCUGCUUCAAAUGUGCCAACUUUUGUAUCCUGCUGUUCAUGAUUUGUCCCAGGUCAUUCUUUCAUUAUGGUGGGUUUUUUUCCCCAAUUUAAGAAUGUUUUACGAACAUGUCCAUGGAGCUUUCCAGAUUAACACACUCCACCUUCCUCGGUAAAACCGGUAUAUGCUAGAAGCAUUAAUUCAUUAGUGACCCUCUCAUUGCCGAAUGAGACUAAGAUGGAGAGAGGUCUUUCUGUGAUUCUCAUGGUUAGUUUAUGUGUGUUUCCGAGUCCAAAGCUGUAAGAAGUGAUUUUAAUACAGCACUUUAAUUAAUUAGAUUUUUAAAAUCCAGGUUUAGAAAUACAAGACUCUAAGCACUUUGAAAAUUCCCACUUUAAAAUAAUAACCAGUGAAAAAUGAGUGCCCAUAGUAAAAAAAAAAAAAACCAUGUUAUAUUCUAAAAUGCGGCUUCUAUAGAUAAUAUGAUAGAUACCAGGAUAGUGCAUUUAUUCUUCCUUUUGAGGCUAUACAGUCUGUCUGCUUACUGAAUGUCAUGGACUGUUAUAACUUCUUUAGCAACGAUAAAUAUUAUCCCAUAGUCAAUCAUGUUAUAUCUAUAGCCUAUGCCGAGCGAUAUACUGUAUAAUAUUUAAAACAUAUAAAUGUGUAUUCCAUAUAAAAGCCAGCAUAGUUGUGACAUGUGAUUGUGUUAAUGAACGUUACAGGACAGCUUUAAUGUUGCAUUGUAAGGUGGCGUGUUUCUAAAUCUGUAACAUUCAAUAAAGCUGCCCAUGUUGCAAGAAACAAUUAUGCUCUCAAACCCACGAUAUUAGCAUUAUGUAUGGAAUAUGCAUUUUUGUUUGCAAUCUGUAACUGCUAAAUGUUUUCCACAUUCUUCUGUGUAGCUCCACUGUAAGUGUCUGUAAGAGCUGAUGUAUAAUUCUCUAAUGAGCCGCUGUGAGCUGUGAUAGGUGAGUUGUGCUAGUGUGAAAGAUGACUUGGCAUGUGAUGCAAAAGACUAAGAAAUUAAUUUCAGUGAAUAUUUUGAAACUCGGUUAAAUUAGCUGUUGGUUUACAUCUACUGACCAAUUAAGGAAGCAGUGUACGCUAUUUUACAAAUAUUUUCAUGUAGUAAUCUGUUUUGUUGUAUCUAGUUUAAGUGAUGCUAUUAUGUAGGUGGAUAUACACUUGUCCUAGAUAUUGCAUCAUAGUACAUUAUUUCAUAAUAACGGUGUGACAUAACUGAAGAAGUUUCUCUUCCUUAAGUCCAGUCUUACUUUGUGUCGAUGAAAAUGCAUGCACUGCUCCAUGAGUUUCUUUGGACUUUUGAGGCUUAACAGUUUACUAUUGCCUGCCUGUUAUGAUGAAACCAGUUAGGAAUUAAUUCAAGUCUUUGGGCUUCUUACACGAUUUUUGAUUAGGUUCAAUUUUUAAUGACUAAAAAAAAGUAACCAAGUUUUUUAUUAUUUUUUAAAAGCUACAAUCAAAUAUUAUAAAAUGAAGUAUUAACCAUAGGGUGUGUAUCUAACCAGACGCCUGAGACAGCUACCUCUCAGGUGUGGAAAGGUUAAGGUGCUUCAUUGAUAUUUUGGACACAGUUGUCUGCUAGCUUAGGACAACAAGAUUUAAAUGACUAAACUUAAACAAGAGUGUAGAAAAACUUCAUUAGUCCACAAUGGACAAAAAUCACUGAAAAAGGCUUCAGAAAUUAGAGUGGUAGCUUACAGUUUUCCUUCAAGCCUUUUGGUGAAGGGGAUGGGGCCUUUAUGGGCAGGUGAAUGGGUCAGAGAAAAAUGUAGGUGACUGGGUAAAUUUCAUUCAUGUCAGAGAAGUCAUCUUUUCUUUCCCGAAAGCUACCCAACAUGUGGAAGCAUAGGAGCUAGUUCAUUGAGCCUCGCAGAGGACGGGUCAUACAGCGAGUGCCGUUGCAAACAGAAAGCUGUAGUCCACCACCUGCAGUUGGAGACUGCAGGGGAAAUGGGCUGCCCUUUCUCCCUAAGGCCAAAGUGAUCAUUUUACCAGCUUGGAAGUGGCCAGUGAAAAUGCUCGCUGUAUCUGUUCUGUCACAUUCAAGAGAACCAAGACAAACAAGGCAGACAGCCAUGUUACAUUUGCUCAGGUCAUUUAAUUUUGGUUAUCUUUGCUCGGGAAACUGGGAUGCAAUCAUUCCAAGUUUUCCACAGGAAGUAGUUUUGCGGGGAGUUUGUGGAUGGUGAGUUGUGAUAUGGCCUAUGGGCUGGGCCAAUUUUUUUCUAUCUUCUCCCUUAAACCGCCAUGACAUUUUUUUUUCUGCCAUUUUGCACAAAAUUUUAUCUUCACUAUACUCAAACCCUAAGUGUAUUUCCCGAAUUGUACAGGCUGACUAAAGAGCAUAAGGUGGCUAAUUGUGUGCUGCCCGAGCGCUACCUCAGACUGAGCCCAAGCCCCAGCCCCACCUCCCCCAUCUAACCUCCAAUAACGUGAGCCGAAGGUGCCGGAGAAAAGGUCAGCGUACAAGGCGAGGGGGCCUGGGUUGGAUAUGUCUUCUCUAUCAUUUCCUGCCAGGACCACUGUUUACUGCUCUCCUCCCUUCACACGGUACCAUUUGGAGUGCUUCUCCACCACCUGAGUACUAAAUAGCAUCCCAGCCUCUUUCGAAAAAGGCCCACUACCAUUAAAAUGCUAUUUAUUUGACCAGUCCCAAACAAAUAGUUUGGCCAGGGUGUGGGACCUUCACAGCUCCCAAUCUCUUCUCUGACCCAACUAUCCAAAGAGCCUAGAUCGCUCCCUUGUCCCAACUUUCGACCUAACUCCCCCCCCCCCCCGCACCCCCCCACCAGGGAAAUUAGAGCCCGUGAAGCAUUUGGGCCCCUCUCAUUUGAGGCACACCAUUAGCCUACGUCUCGGCACUGCCAUUCGGCGGCGCUCCAGUUCCUUCCUCUCAGCUGGCAAAGUUCCUGCUUCCCAGAUCAAUCUGGAGAGUUAAUGGAAGGGGGAGGGAGGAGGUAGAGAACCGGUCACAACUUUCUGGGGGGAGGGACGGGUGGGAGGAGGGGAAGAGUGUCACUGCUGCUGUUGGAUCACUUUUCCUUUUAGCAUUUAUCCAAUGGUUGUGAAACACCACGUGAUGGGUAGAUUAAACAGCUGGGAAGGAGAUUAGGGAGGAGGUGAAGGAGCAUUGGAUCAAAGGUCUGUCCGCCUUCCACCAUUGCAGCUGACUUACCUAAGGAGUUUAAAUGCUGCUAUGGCUGUGUGGAACAGUGUACGCAGUAUGCUGUAACGCAUGGCAAUUUUGUGAUCUCAUUUGGGUUCUCAUUUGUAAAUGCUAUAACAAGUUUGUAAAGAGAGAAAUUAUUAAAAUGCCAUUUUUAAAUGAAUUCCUAUAAAUAAGAAGGUUUUGAAGUUGGAUUUGUUAAAUCUAGAUCCACCUCUCUUGUUUCCUCUACGUAUAUGGGUAGAUAUGGGUUUACAUAUCUACCGAUACAUAGAAAUCCGUUCUUUUUUAAAAGAUCUACUGGAUUCACAAUGCACUUUUAGCUUGUGUGUUUAGAUAUGUAAUUCAAAGCAGAAGUUGGCAGUUACCGCAGUAAAACUUUCUGAAGUUUCUGUAACAGAUGUUUUGCAAUAAAAAAGGAUGUAGUUCAAAACA